AUGGCGGUCAAACUUCCUAAACUGCCAGUUCCUAUCUCUGAGUUUGUCGAGUAUAUCCACAAGAACUUCAAAAGCCAUAAUGCUGUCACUGAAGCCGUCACCCCCUUCAUCGACUACGAGAACAAACUUCGAGAGGUUUAUGCUCAGUAUCCAGACCACCCAGCAGCUUCAGAAAACCACAUGGUCCCGAUUUUUAAUGGCCCUCAGAUCAUGACCAAGGCCAGAGACGUGAAAAAUGAGUCUCCCUCUGAGAAGAACCGCUACCUCCUACCCCUUUCUGACGGUCUUCGCCGCAAAGACAAUGCCCCAGCGACUGUCGAUUCCCUCAGGACAUUCAGAACAAACUUCAAUAUCUUCUCCGAAUCAUCACUCGCUGAUCUGGACUGGUCCAACGUCGUUGUUGCUGGAAGUGCCGUCAAUACCUCUCUCCUCCCUGUCGACGCACCCCAUAACGAAUCCAAGCGAGCGCUCCGACAUUACUACCACGACGUUCUGGCUCCUGCUUCCGACGUGGAUCUUUUCUUGUAUGGUUUGACCGAGGAGCAGGCCAUCGAGAAGAUCAAACAGAUUGAAUCAAAGAUUCGGGACAGCAUCCUCUCUGAAACCACCACUGUCCGAACCAAGAACGCCAUCACCAUCGUCUCACAAUACCCUACCCGACAUGUGCAGAUCGUUCUCCGUCUGUACAAAUCCAUUUCAGAGAUCCUCACAGGCUUUGACGUCGACUGUUCUUGUGUGGCAUAUGAUGGUCAACAAGUCUGGGCAUCACCACGUGCCGUUGCAUCUUUCAUGACACAAGUCAACACCAUUGACUUAACUCGUCGUUCGCCGUCCUAUGAAAAUCGCCUCUCCAAAUACUCCCAUCGUGGCUUCGAGGCUUACUGGCCCUUGCUCCAACGUGACCGUGUCGAUCCAACCAUCUUUGAAAGAUCAUUUGGCCGAGUUCAAGGCCUCGCUCGCCUCCUCGUACUAGAGAAGCUGCCACUUCCCAGCGACAGAGAGCAGUAUCUUGCUAAACGACGAGAGGAACGCGGUCGUCCAGCCCUUCACUGGUCUCAGCGUAACGUCCACCAGCUACCUGGAAAUUUAAAGGACAGGCAACCGGAUGACGUUGCUGAAUGGGUAGAAGAGGAUGAUAUUUCAAACUACCACACUGUCACCAUCCCUUACGGCCCCACCUAUACGGCCAAGAGAAUCGAAAAACUUCUGUUCUCCAAAGAUCUGCUUCUCAAUGCGGAAUGGAACAAGCCCAAGGACAGAGAAACCGUUCUGCAUCGUCACCCAACCUUUUUUGGGUCUAUGAACGAUGUCAUUCAUGACUGCUGCGGGUUUUGUCCCAAGCCGACCACAGACGCAGAUCUUGCAGCCUUCGAGGAAGAGAGCAAGGUCUUCAUCUCAGGACCCAUGACAUUUCUCACUGACAACCCCGGUCGACAAGCGAUUGGUAGCUUCAAUCCCAUCACAGAUGUGGACUGGACAGAAAUGGCCUAUGUCGGAAAUACCACCAGACUCUGCCAAGCCAUUGUUGACCAAGAUCUCGAAGCCGUCAGAGACUGGUUCUCUUCAACUGAGGUCGUCGACGUUGAUAGACGCGAUCAUACCGGCCGUACUCCUCUACAUCUAGCCACUAUGUGCUCUACUCCGGAGAUUGUGCACACCCUGAUCGAACACGGUGCCCGAAUUGUCUCUAGGCUCUACAAUGGCAUGACUGCUCUACACAUCGCUGCCCACCGUGGUGAAUUCCAGAUGGUCAAAUACCUUCUUGACAAGAGUGCUUCUAACGAGGAGGAGGAGUCCCGAAAGGAGGAUGGGCGAAAGAUAGCCAGACGGACAGCAUCCAAAAACCCAGAGACUACCAAGGACGUCCUUACUGUAGAUGACGUCGCUUCCGCAGGUGCUGCGUCAAACAUCCCCAUCGAUGAUGUAUCAGAUUCCGGAAACGAAGACUGGGAGGACGAGGAAGACAGCGACCACCACAAUUCAGAUGGCGACAGCGAAGAAGACGCUGUGACAGAAGGCUCUUUCGUCAAGGUCGGUCGUGGCACCGAUACUACAGAUGCUCUACUCGAAGGCAAAGACGAGCCGGACGUAUACAACGUCGAUGUUCUAGCUUGGGACAGUCCGAUGUCACCUCUUCACCUUGCAAUCUUGGCUGGGAAAGUUGAGGUUGUGGAGUUACUGAUUGACAACUACAGCGCCGAUGUUCUCCUUCCUGUCAAGAUCAUGGAUGAUUAUGAUCGAAAGAGCGCCAAAGCUGCAAUCCUUACAAUUGUCUUAGCUCUUGAAUUACCUCUUCAAGAAGCAAAUCAAACCGUCAAAGCUCUUCUUGCCCGUGGAGCAACCCCUACUCAAGCAGACAUGAACUGCGUUUCUGCACUGCAUUACGCUAUAAACAGCACCAAAACACUCAUAAUUGACACUUUGCAAGCCUCUGACCCUGCUGCGGUCGCCAAAGCCUGCAACUUCGUGGCCGCCUGGGGCUAUUCAAGCAGUCCGACUGUUCAAGCUCCCAUUCUGACGGCAAUUCGUUCUGGGAGGAUGGAUCUCGCCGAGAGGCUAAUUUCUCUGGGUGCAAAGAUGGAAAUCGACUUCAGCGCUUUUGUGGAAGCCUACAAGCGUGGUGUCCGUUAUCCUAGCUCCGUUGAGAGCGAGGUACUCAGGACCUUUCAGCGAAAUGUUGAACAACCUAUCAUUCUCGCUGCCAAGAUGGAGAUGAUCGAUCUCGUUAACCAAGCAAUUGACGCAGGAGUGGAUGUCAAUACUAUUUCCGCAGCCGGCUGGAAAGCAAUUGAAUAUUCCUACGGGCAAACGAAUCAUGAUUAUUCCCUGCUUGAUAUCAUUCGUGCCCGCAUAAAAGUUAUACAAGACAGCAUAGAGCCAAAGACGGAGCUCAAGAAACCGGAGGAGCUUGGAAAGCCGGCCGAGUACCUCAAGGCCGCAAAGGGUACAUAUUCAUACUGGACUGCUUACCAUGAUUUCAAUGAUGCCAGAGCCGUCAAAAAGUUCCAGCUGGAGUCUUACCAAAAGAAACUUGACUCUCUAGUCACGCCUCCAACAGAUGGUAGCGUGCAGAGGGAGGCUGCAUUGGAGCAGACCCUGUUGAAACUCAACGACCUGGAGAAGAAACUUGUCAGGAAGAAGGCAAAAACUUUUAAGGAACUCCAUCCGAACGCCAGACUGUCGGAACCUCGCGGUUUCCACUUCGCCGGCUAUAAAAGCAGCCCUUAUGCCACGAACAUAGGCGUUGGCAUUCCUGGUCUGACCCCAGAUAAGCGAGAGGACUUCACCAAACUUUUCGAAGCAUGCUGGAAAGGCGACAGCGAGACGGUCAGAUCUCUCUGUCUCUCGCCCACACGACCACUUCAAAUCGCCACGGUGGAUCUUCGUGGCUUUUGUCCCUUUUCCAUUGCCGCAAUACGAGGUCAUUUUGAUUUGGCUCGCCUGAUCGUCGAGAUUGCGACAGUCCAAUACCACCCCACGCACAACAUGGAAAAAUACAAGUAUACGCUACGGGUUGCCGACGAUGAGUAUGACAGCGAUGAUAGCUAUGACAGCGAUGAAAGUCAGACAAGUGACUUCGGCGUGCUGAGGCACCUGGUCAAGGAUGACUUCACUGUUGACAAUGUCGCGGCUCUUUCGGAUACCGUCAAAUCGAUCAUCCCGCCGGCGGCAAUGAUUAAUUGGUCUUGCCAGGUGACUCGUGCGCUUGACGACAAGGUGGAUCGCCGCACUGCCCGAGAAUAUUUCAGUCAUCCCACCACUCUUCAAGCCUAUGUUGGCAAGAAUCCUGACGAGUCUUGGGAAUGGUUCAAUGCCGCGUACGAUCACAACAGUCGGUCAUCACGGGACAACUUGGUGAGAUAUGCAAUAUUCACCAAUAACAUGCGGCUCCUAAAGUUCAUGAUCAAGACGGGCAACGAACUUGCUGCACUGAAAGAAGAUGAUGGACAUACUUUGAAGGUUUUCAAUAUUUCUACGGCGGAUUUUGAGCUGGCAAUCCGUCUUGGUCGGCUAGAGAUGAUUGGAGAAAUUCUCAAAUCCACCGGUUUCGGAUUCCCUCUGCGCAAGAUCUUCCUCCAAUCAGGUGUGAAGCUUGAACAGAAGUCGCAAUACUACCAAGGUCUGACGGUUCACGGUCGAAAACGCGAAGAUUGGGCUGAAGCUGGACGCCGAGGCCAUCGCUCAUCACAGAAGACCGGCAGUAUAGGAGUUCCCUUGCUAGGAUCGGUGCUGAUGGGUAACCUCGAAUCAGUGGAAUACUUCUUGUCCGACGCCCCAAUGAGGCGAUAUCUGGAGUUUGAAAAGACAUUUGAAGACGACAAGCAUCUGCGAGCAUUGAAACAGUCACCGGGUGGGUUUGAAGGCAAGUUGACUGAAUGGCUUUCAACACGAAACCACCUUGCUCUCCACGUGGGCGUUCUAUCAGCACCAAACGAGGAUGGAUUACAGCCCGUGUUUGACUACCUCUUGGAAAAGACACCACAUGGAAUUGAGAACCGUUCAGCUGACGGGAAAACGCCUUUGCAGCUUGCAUUCGAAGUCGGUCGAUAUCAAGCAGCCCGGAAGCUGAUAGCGGCGGGCGCGAACCAAGCUACUAAAGAUAACGCUGGCAGGAAUAUCCUGCACUCCAUUCUUGAAACAUGUGGAACAAAGGAGGAUAGAUUGUUGGAGUCGCUCUUCGCCCUCCUCGAGCCAAAGCUUGUGCCCACUCUUUUGCUCGAACGGUGCAGCGGCUCUGAUUUUGAGGCUAUGACGCCACUAGCACUGUUCUUGAACCGGUGCAACAAAGGUACCAAGGACUGGCAAAAGACGGUGGAGGUGAUACUCCAGUACUCUGGUGGGAAAGACCUCGAAAAGUUGAAUGGAGCAGGCGAUUACCCUCUUCAUGUGGCUGUUCGAGCUAACAAUGUGGAGCUCGUUGAGUUUUUGGUGGAAUACCGACCGGGCCUCCUACACUGGGAGAACGGAACAGGAAUGACGCCAAUUGACGUCGCAUCUACUGCCUACCUGCGAAGCUUCAUCGAAAAUCCACCUCAAUUGUCUGAAAGGGAGCAGUGGAGCGUCAAGGAUACGACAGCCAAGGAUUUUGUCAACGUUACCGAUAUCUCCGUCCCAACAGCUGGGGCUUCAUAUCCCGCAGUGGAUACAACAGCGGAGUGGAAGAUGCAGCAUCUCAUCGUCUCAUUACAGCAGAAAUAUCCCGCAAAGAGAAAACUCGUAUCUCUGUACGAUGCGAAUGAAGUUGCCAAACGUCUUGCCCUGAUUCAACAAACGAAAAAGGAUGAAGAGCAGCGGAGAGAGGAGUUGAGGAAUCAGGCUGGGAACAAUGGGAUUGCGGCGCAAGAUGUGGACGCAGACGAAAAGACCAAGGAUGAAGUUGAACAGUAUCUUGCUACAGCACGUGGUUUUAGGCAAUGGGAUCAGGUCAAGUGGAGGGAGGAAGUGCUUAAUGAGGCGACUGAUGCUGCGAGGAAGGCUGUUCUGGGCGAGAACGAGAUGAAAGCGAUCGCAGGGAAAGCCUGGUGGAAUGUACCCCCGUUUAGUGAGAUUGCCAUGGCUGACGCGUCGGAAGAUACAUCGGCAGGGAUGUCUUUGUCGUCGGUAUUGAUGAAUGUAUUGUCAAGCGGUCAAGGAAGAAACUGA